GAAUAAGAAUAAAAUAAAAGAAAAGCAAAAAACUAACAAAACAAAAACAAUCUGUAAUAAGAAAAAUAGAUUUAUAUUCAUACAAAUUCAGUGUUCAUAAAUUGCAGUCUGCUUUUCUGAGUGAAAACUUGUGAGAUUUUGUGAAAAACAACGAAGUUUCUGGAAAAUAAAAAUCCAAGAAAUAUCGUAACAUGAAAAUAGUUAAAACGCACUACUCUACUGCAAGAAACACCUAAAUUUUUACAGUGAGUGAAAGAGCAUAACACCGAAAGAGAUACAACAAAAUCUAUCUUUAAGUGGGUGAAUUGUGAUGAGAUAAACCAAAAGAAAAAAAAAAAAACAAAACAAAAAAUUAAAAAUUAUAACAAAUUGAUAUGUGUCACUUCUGAGGAAUAGGAUUACAGAUCAUUUAAAAUAACAAUUUCAAAGAGUUGGCAAACAAAAAAAAAAGAAAAAAUUAAAAGGCAUACACAUAAAACCCCAGAAAAAACAACAACGCACAAGCACACAUCCUUUAAAUAGCAAAAACAAAUUCUAUCGCCUAUCCUAGUCUCUUCUGCUACUGCAAAGAGUUCCUACGAGAAGUCUUCGCACAAUUUCCAUUCAUCAAUCCCUUCGACCGUCAACAUUUAGUACAGAGUCUAUUAACCAUGUCCACGGCAUUUUUAACCGCAAUAGCGGUAAUACUCUGCAUUUUGUUUCGCAUUUUGAAUGUCAACAGUCAGCCGCUGAAGCCAAGCGUUUGGUGUUUGGAUCAACAGUUCCUGGAUUGUUUAUAUAAAAUUGCUCCCGUAUUAAAAGAACCAUACAUUCCAACUCGCCUUUGGGGUUUCAGUGGCCAUGUUCAAACUGUACUGCAUAGUAUUGUGGGACGCGUUAAAUGUCCUUGGCCUUUGGGUGAACGCGUCUACCUAUCCCUGGAGGAUGGUUCAACGUUAACUUAUGAUUUGUAUCAGCCACUAAAAGAGUUUGAAGACGACAUCACCGUGGCCAUAUGCCCUGGUAUUGGCAAUACAUCAGAGAGCGUUUACAUACGCACAUUCGUUCAUUAUGCACAAUGCCAUGGUUACCGCUGUGCGGUGCUUAAUCACAUUGGGGCCUUGGGCAGUGUACAGGUGACUUCCAGCCGGAUAUUUACCUAUGGACACACCGAUGAUUUUGCCAUGAUGAUUGAAAAUCUAUCACAAAAAUAUUCAAAUUCAUACAUAGUGGCUUGCGGUUUCAGCUUGGGUGGCAAUUUGGUAACCAAAUAUUUGGGAGAAAAGCACAGGAUAAAACCCUCAAAUGUCAUUGGUGGCAUCUCCAUAUGUCAAGGCUACAAUGCAGUUGAAGGCACCAAAUGGCUGUUGAACUGGCAAAACUUCCGUCGUUUCUAUUUGUAUGUAAUGACUGAGAAUAUGAAGAACAUCAUAUUGAAACACCGUCACAUUCUAUUGUCCGAGGAAUGUCGCCAGCGUCAUAAUUUGAAUGAACGCGACAUAAUUGCUGCAGCCACACUACCCGAGCUAGACGAAGCCUAUACACGACGCAUUUUUAAUUUCCCCUCAACUCAGGAAUUAUACAAAUGGAGCUCAUCGAUAAACUAUUUCGACAAUAUAGAGAAGCCAAUGAUUUUCAUCAAUGCCAAAGAUGAUCCUUUAGUACCUGAAGAUUUAUUGUCGCCCAUUAAAGAUUUUGCUGCAUCCCGUGAAAAAACUUGCUACAUCGAAUUAGCUCAUGGCGGCCAUUUGGGUUUCUACGAAGGUGGUCUCAUCUAUCCCAACCCAGUGACAUGGUUGGAUCGCACAUUAAUAGCAAUGGUGGGAUCACUCGUUAUGAUUCACAUUGAUCCCACAAAGCAAGCGAUGAUCUCAACAAUAUAAAUGAACUUAAUAAAAAAAAAAAACAACAAAAUUCCCAUUGACUUCUCCAUUUGUUCCACACCCUAACUACACCCCUCAAAAGAAUGUAGCUUUAUGUAAUUUUUCAAAAAAAAAAAAGAAGAAAAAUAAUAAUAUAAAGGUAACAAAAAACGAUGAUUUGAGAGGUGAAAGAAAGAUUGAAACCAAACAUUCGUAAUAGUAUUUAGGCUAUUUUUUACCAAGAGAAAAUUAAAAAAAAAAAAAUUAAAUUAAAACAAAACAAAAAACCACAAAUCAAACCAUUUUUAUAAUGCAAGCAAACAAACAUUGUGCUAUAGCAACAAAAGUAUUGUAUUUAACAUAAAGAAAAGAAAUUUAUUCAAAUCUAUUGGAAGGACCACAAAGUCCAACAAUCAAAAAAUUAACAAAAGAAGAGCAUAUUUUUAUUGAGAAACCAAAGCAAACUUUUAAUAAUGAUGAUGAUGAUGAUGACUUGUGCAACAAAUCAUUUACAAUAGCAUAAACAAAAAGUUAUAUACAUAUUUAUUAUUAUUACUAAAAAGAAGUCUGUAUUUUGCUAUAUAUAAAAACGAUCAAAAACAAUAAUUUAAAUAAUUUUUUUGAAAUAUUUACAAAACUUAGAAGUGAACAAAAAUUAGAGACACAAACAGAAUCCUUAUUUUAUAGUAUAUAGCCGCCACACAAAAUAAUGAAUGAUUGCCUAUUUGUAGCAUACAUAUAUUGAUAACUUUAUUGUAAGGUAUAAUAAGUUUAACUGCAUAGCAGCAGAUCUUGUUUUUAUUUUUUGUUUUUUUUCGUAAUAUUUAUAUUACAAAUGUGUAUUUAAAAUCCUAUGAGAGCGAUAAUGCGAUUUAAAAUUCUUAAAAUUCCUUUAAACUAUCAACUAUUUCAAAAUUAAACUUGAAAACAUUCCAUUGGCAAUUUAAAUUUAUAAAAUUGUUAAAUUAAUUAUUUGAAAUGUAUUAUCUGAAAUCCAAAUUGCUCUAUAGAAUGUUAUAUAUCUUUCCUUCUGUGUUCUCACAACUUCAAAAGUAUUUAAUUUAGAAAAAAAAAAACAAUAAAUUAUUUUAAGUCUUAAACUAAAUUAUUUCAACCAAUUUGAUUUUCUAAAUUAAAUGAGGCUUUCAAGUCACAGCUGCUCAGAUUCUAAUAUUAAUAUAGCGCUUGUGUGCAAGAGACAUUGGAGUUCUGUCUAUGACAAUACCCGGCUUUGGUACGGGAACAUUAGCCAACUCAUGUAUAUUGAAUGGGAUAGGUGAAUAGAACAGAAAUCCUGACAUACGCUUUACGAUGUUUUUUGUCGUUAGAUCACAUAACAAGCUGAAUACUGUCUAAGGUAUAUGCCCGCAAGGGUACGGAACGGACUGAAAACCGUCCGUACUCUUCCCUUCAGCUCCACAUUAUCAAAAAAUUGGAUUUUCUUCUUCAAAUCGAAAAUAUGGUAUUUUGUUUACAUUGCGUUGUUUUUCGGUAAUAAUCCCUUAUUCAAUUUAAGUCUGUUCUGGCAGUAUUGUAAUGACAGGUUUUCUCUCGUGUGCUAGGGCAUGACUGGCGGGGGUAGGGUACCUCACAGAUUUAGUAUAACAAUCUGUUUAUUGAAGUUGGGAAAACAGAACUAUGUAAGGAAUAAAAAUGGGUAAGAAGGUUGCCUGUGAAGUUCAGCGCGAAUACUGUAGGUGCGGGGCGCAGACGUGAUCUGGUAUGGCACUUCGUCCUCCGGGGCGGCGAGGAGCGCCUUCCACGGGGUUUCUCAAUGAGCUGAUCUCUGGGAGACGUGACCUGGUGCGGUACUUCGUCUGGUCGGGCGGCGUUGAAAGCUUCUGGCUCGGCGGUUCAUCAAGGAACUGAUAACUGGCAGACGUGGCCUGAUGCAGCACUUCGUCUUGUUGAGGAGGCUAUGUUGACGAGACGGUAGACGUGGUAGCUGGCAGACGAGGCCUGAUGUAGCACUUCGUUUGGUUGAGCAGGCUUUGUUGGCGAGACGGUAGGCAAGGGUGUAUCAUACGAGGCGUAGGGGUCAAGGGUCGGUGUAGUCAGAAACGGGAAAUUGAUCGCGUCUAUGUUCAGGCAAAGGGUUGGUAUUCUAUUCUGCUAUCGGAAUAGUCGCGGAAAUCUUUAAUUGUUCCGCGAGUGGAAUUUGACAGUUAUGUUUUAUUUUCAUACCAAAAGACUUUUUUUAUCUGCACCUAUGGUUUUAUUUUUUUUCUCAAAUAAAUUAAAUAAUAAAGAGAAGAAACGAACCAUUGAAACCAAUAAAACAAAAAUGAUGCCGACAACGAUGCCAAACGUUACCACUAAAAUUUCUUUUAGCCAUUUUCCUCAGUAUACAGAGAGUACUACUUUUUCGCCUAUGUUCCUUCAGCGUUUCGACGACGGUUUUUAUAUGGAGUUUGACAGCAUUCCACCUGAAAAGAUGAACAGAAUACUCAGCUUAAGUCUAAAGACUCGUCUAGUGUCACGCAAAUGAUAUGAGUGAUUGGUUCGUUGCUUAUGGGCACGUCGCCUCGUUAUAAUGCAUGAACGUUCUUGGCACGAAGUAAGCGGGGUCACGGCAGCGGAAGAAUCAAGUUUAUGCCGGUACGGUAUCGGAAGAAUACAAUUUAUCCAUGUGAAGCACCGGGAGAAUCGAGUUUAGGGUCGAACGUUGGUGAAAUGACCGGACUACGUUGCCCACUAGUACACCACCACGUAAGAAGACCCGAGAACACGAGAAGAAACAGGGUUGGGCAGGCAUACGGGUACGUCACCACGCCAAAAGACUUGGGAACACAAGAAUAAUUGAUGUUAUGUUGCUGAAGGGUCCGUCACCACGUUAGAAGACACGGGAAGAACCGGUGCUAAGGUGCUUUACCACGCAAUAAGACUCAAAAACAGAGAUAAUCAAUUGUAUGUUGCUCACGGAUAAUUCACCACGUGUUAGGAUGCUUACGGGUACAUCACCACGUAAGAAGACUCGGAAACACGGGAAGAAUUGGGUUUAAGUUGCCUAGGUGUACGUCACCACGUAAGGAGACUCUCACGGCAAGGGAAGUUUCGAGUUUACGUUGCUUACGGGUACGUCACCACGUAAGAAGACUCGGAAACACGGGAAGAUUUCAGUUUACGUUGCUUACGAGUACGUCACCACGUAAGUGUAUGGUGGCUACGGGUACGUCGCUGCGGAGACACGAUAAAACCGAUGAUAUGUUGCUCACGGGUCCGUCAUCACGUGAGAAGACACAAGAAGAAUAACGUUUAUGGUGCUUAAGGGCACAUCAACAGGUAAGAAGACUCACACAGCACUGGAGUGAAGAAAACACGUUGUCUACAGGUACGUUAUCACGUCGAAGACAGGCACGCCGAGAAAAGAUUUCGAAUUUACGGUUCUAACUGGUAAACAAGUACGUCACCACGUAAGAAGAUAAGCACGGUACUGGGAGAAUAAACACGGCAUCAAAAGGGCACUGUUGCUAAAGCUAACACUCGUCUGUCUUGUUGCUCAGGGGUAUCGUAGAUAUGGGGAUUGAAUGUGCAUUAAAAGAAGGUAGGUUCAACGGUGUGGGCGGAAACGAGCGUCGCGACUUCCAGACCUCACACGCUUUGAACUUUGAACGCAUUUAUACUCUACGCCGUUGCAUCCAGGUCCAUUUUGUCCCUGCCUAGUACUUGUUCGGCGUAUUUCAUCACCGCCUGCUAGUUCUUCUUGUCUUUCUGCAUCUUCCGACUUGGUGGAUUUGGAUUGAAACGCCGACUAUGGAUUGCAACCCAAUUUCAGUAGUUCACAUGCCAAGACGCAUGUGAAAAUUUUGCCCCAAUUCCUUAAUGUAAUGUUCAUAGACAAAUUUGCGUUUUGAAGUGGCAAUCCUCGUCAAGCUCCUGUAGGUGAGCAAGCCGGUUCCGGUCCAAAUGACCGAUCGCCGCGGGAACAUUAGUUAUUUAAAGGCGCCAAUAACUCACCAUGUCAUACCGGGCAUCACAGGCACUCAGUAUUUGUGCAAUAGCUGGUGCCGUACGGCCUCCCACUGAGACUCUUCGCUCGAUACCGCUGCUUGUCCGCGACUGCCGUUGCAGCUACUCCGUAUGGAGAAUUCCACUAUCCGCAACCUGUGAACGCACCCGGUAGCUCGCAGCUAAGCUUCUCGUGACAGCAAUGAACACUACACAAAUUGAAGCUCGGUUUCAGCCUGUGUGGUGCUCACAGCUAUCCCGUGGCGGGAUACACAUACAGGUUCUCUCCUGUAGCACUGAACCUCUCGUUCUAAAUCGUGAAGAUCCACCUCGAAGCUUCUGGGUGGUGAAUAAAUAUCCACAAGAUGAAUAUUAGGAUGGUCCAUGCGAUAACAGCGCAGAAGUUAUUGCUCAGACAGCAUAUAGUUAUGCCUUCGCACGAGUAGAGCCUCUCUCUCCUGUUGAAGGUGUUGCAAGUGAGAACUGAGCCAACAGCCCCUUGCAGAGCGGUAUUUUUACAGAUCUGAAUACUAUUCCAAGUGAGUCGCAUAGCUUUGUACGUGGUCAACAAGGUUUCUUUGUUGUAGUUGUAGCCACAUUUGCAUGUGAAGGUGGCGAUCCUUGUUUAGCUCCUGCAGGUAAGCAAGCGCUUUCCGGUCCAAAGGAUCGAUGGUGGCCAUUAAUCAUUUAAAGGCGCCAAUAACUGGCCUUCCCAUAUCAAGCAUCACAGCACUCAGUAUUUAUGCAAGUGCCGGUGCCGCUCGGCCUCUCUGCUCGAUACCGCGGAUUGUCCGCGACUGCAGUUGCAUCUUCUCUGUAUGGAGCAUUCCACUAUUCGUAACCUGUGGAUGCGCUCUGUAGCUCGCAUCUAAGCUUCUCGUGAGAACGAUGAACACCACACAGAUCGGACCUCAAAGUCUCAGCCUGUGUUACGUUCCCAUACAACCGUCCACAUAUGAUAAGAUCUCCAUGCCGUCUGGAGGGGUGGAAUGGAGGAUACUAAAUUUCCCAUGAACAUUCCGUUAAGGAAGGGGAUAUUUCUCUCAUAUCAAUUAGUACAGUGCGUUUAAAGUUUUAAGCUCAAUGAUAAGGACCUCCUUUAUGCCGAGUCCGAACGGCGUGCCACAUAGCGACACCACUUGGUAGAGAAGUUUUAACAUGAUAGGAUACCUCACAAAUGUAGCCAGCCUUUGUAAGGGGAUAACCAAAUUUGCCCAUGAACAUUCCAUUAGGGAACUGGGGCAAACUUCUCACAAAUCAAUGAGUGUUAUCCCAUUCAAUUUUAAGCUCAAUGAUAAUUGGCCAAACAUGUUGAUGUUUGGCCAAUUAAAAUUUUCCAACGGGGCUGGAGAGAAAUAGUUUCUCAAUCGUCUUGGCUACUGGUGAGAGAAGGCUCGACUCGGGCCCUUUUCUGGCUUCAGUAGCGACAUCACUUUGCCCAUCUUCCAGACAUCGGGUACUAUAAGAGUGUUGAAAGACAGGUUGGGAACGGUUAUAAGGUACUACACUCCAAGUAGAUGCAGAUUACUUAGCAUCAGUGAAGGGUUUCUGUCGCGCCCAACGCCUUGGAUGACUUGGCUCUACGGAUGACAUUCGUAACUUCAUCCAAGGAAAUUGUCAUGACUGUACUUCGGCUCGGACGAAAGGCUCUCCUCCUAGUGACUGAGGUCCUGUUAUCCCUUUGUCCGGUGUUCGAGAGUGACUUAACAGUAGACCACAGCUUGCCUAAAUCGGUACCUAAAUUACUUUGCUAUCGAUCAAUUUGGUUUCUCUUGAUAAGGGACCUCCUUUUUAUAACCGCGUCCAAACGGCGUCCCGCAGAGCGACACCUCUUUGGGGAAAAAUUUUACAUGGCCUUGUACCUCAAAAAUGUCGCCAGCAUUAGGAGAGGAUAACCACCGCUGAACAUUUUUUUCUGAUGUUCUCGCCAGGAUUCGAACUCGAGCGUUCAGUGUCAUAGGCGGAUAUGUUAUCCUCUGUGCUACGGUGCUUUAUCGGAUAUUAUUACACCUCAAAACCAAAUUGCAUAAGUCUCUCUGUUCCCAGUUGUAAGUCAUUGUACAGGUCAGGUAUAGGCAAAUGCAGUUAAUUCUGAUCUUACUUUACUUUAAGUUGCUAUGACAGAACAUUUAUUCCACUAGCCGAAUGUAGAAUAGCGUUCCAAGCGCCUCGAUUUUCGGUGCUCAUUCUAAAAUCUCUAACACCAAGUUUCGAAGUGUCUCCCACCACCUUCCACCGGGCUUUUGGUCUUCCCGCUUUGCGUGUACCACCGUGUUUGCCUUCAAAAUACUUCUUUGCUGAAGCAUAUUUUGAUGCGUGUAACUAUGCUAUCGUCUUUAUACACCUCGUUGAUCAUACGUCGCCUAUAUUCUCCAUAAACGCAAACUGGUCCAUAUAUUUUACGAAGAACGUAAAACUCUCUUAAAGCACUGCCUCAUUUGCUUUCACAAGUACCCAUGCUUCAGAACCAUAUAACAAAACGGGUUCAGUAUCUGUGUCUUGUAAAAUGUAAUCUUCAUCCGUCGAGAGGUGGCCAUGUUUCGAAACUGCCUACUUAGUCCAACGUAGCAUCUGUUUGGCAGUAUUAUUCUUCGCUUUAUCUCAAAACUGGUGUCAUUCGUUUCGGUUACGGCGGUGCCGAGAUAGAUAAAGUUACUGACUAUUUCAAAGUUGUGUUUUCCCAGCUUUCUCCAUUUUCUUUAUCUGCUCGGUUGUACAAGGCGUUUUGGGAGUUGAAACCAUCCAUCUCAUCUUAUCUCCAUUGACUGUUCAUUCUGAUCAGGGUAACUUUUUGGUCUCACCACCGAAGGAUGGGUUUUUGUCAUUCCGUUUGCAACACAUCGAAAUAUCCAUUUCUGAUCCUAUAAAGUAUAUAUAUUCUUGAUCAGCGUAAAAAAUCUAAGACGAUCUAGCCAUGUCUGUCGGUCUGUCCGUCUGUCUGUUGAAAUCACGCUACAGUCUUGCUGAAACUUUCACUUUUUUUGUCCAUAAGCAGGUUAAGUUCGAAGAUGGGCUAAACCGGACUAUAUCUUGUUAUAGCCCCCAUAAAGACCGAUUCGCCGAUUUAGGGUCUUAGGCCCAUAAAACUCACAUUUAUUAUCCGAUUUUGCUGAAAUUUGGGACAGUGAGUAGUGUUAGGCCAGUCGACGUCCAUCUUCAAUUUAGCCGACAUCGAUCCAGAUUUCGAUAUAGCUGCCAUAUAAACAGAUCUCUCGAUUUAAGGUUUUGGGCCCAUUAAAGGCACAUUUAUUGUCGGAUUUCGCCGAAAUUUGGGACAUUUGGCUCAGAUCGUUCCAGAUUAGGAUAUAGCUGCCAUAUAGACCGAUCACUCGAUUUAAUGUCUUGGACCCAUAAAAUGCGCGUUUAUUGUCCAAUGUCGCCAACAUUUGUGGCAGUGAGUUGUGUUAGGCCCUUCAACAUACUUCUUCAAUUUGGCUCAGAUCGGUCCACAUUAGGAUAUAACUGCCAUAUGGACCUAUCUCUUGAUUUAAUGUCUUGGACCCAAAAAAGGCGCAUUUAUUGUACGAUUUCCCCGAAAUUUGGGACAGUGAGUUACGUUAUGUUCUUCGACAACGUUCUGUUAUUUGGCCCAGAUCGGUCCUGAUUUGAAUAUAGCUGCCAUAUAGACCGAUCUCUCGAUUUAAUGCCUUGGGCCCAAAAAAGGCGCAUUUAUUGUCCGAUUUCGCCAAAAUUUGGGACAGUGAGUUGUGUUAGGCCCUUCAACAUUCUUAUUGAACUUGGCUUAGAUCGGUCCCGAUUUGAAUAUAGCUGCCAUAUAGACCGAUCUCUCGAUAUAAGGUUUUAAGCCAAUAAAAGGCGCAUUUAUUGUCCGAUUUCGCCGAAAUUUGGGACAGUGAAUUGCGUUAGGUUCUUCGUCAGCCGUCUUCAAUUUGGCCCAGAUCGGUUCAGAUUUGGAUAUAGCUGUCAUAUAAACCGAUCUCUCGAUUUAAACUUGCGGGCCCUAUUAAAGGCACAUUUAUAAUCCAAUUUCGCUGAAAUUUGACAAAGUGACUUAUGUUAAGUUUUUCGAUAUCCGUGUCGUAUAUGGUUCAGAUCGGUUUAUAUUUGGAUAUGGUUACCAAAAAACCAAAAUUGUACUUGACAGACCUUGAUAGACCAUUCCGUGUCGAAUUUGGUCCAAAUCGGACCAUAUUUCGAUAAAGCUGUUAUGAGGUCAUAAAUUAAGCAUUUUUCACCAGAUUUUGACGAAAGGUGGUUUAUAUAUAUACCCGAGGUGGUGGAAUGCGUACUUUAUUUGCCUGUAGAAGAGAGCGAGAGAGUGCACUGAAAGCGAGAAAAAUUUUGAGAGCUUUCAAAUUCCUGCUGUAGGUUUAUUCCUAUUUGCAAUUUGCAGCAUCGAAGCAGCAAAAGGAAUUAUUGGGUUGCCCAAAAAGUAAUUGCGGAUUUUUUAAAAGAAAGUAAAUGCAUUUUUAAUAAAUCUUAGAAUGAACUUUAAUCAAAUAUACUUUUUUUACACUUUUUUUCUAAAGCAAGCUAAAAGUAACUGAUAACUGACAGAAGAAAGAAUUCAAUUACAGAGUCACAAGCUGUGAAAAAAUUUGUCAACGCCGACUAUAUGAAAAAUCCGCAAUUACUUUUUGGGCAACCCAAUACAAGCUGUUUUACACUCCUGCAAACUGGUUAUAGCAAGUUUUUGGGCACAAAUUUUUACUGGAAAAGUACGCGAACAGACCUCAAACAGGUCUUUGUGGCUAUUUGUGUGUAUUUCGAAACGGGUAGAAAUUUGUUAGGAUUCUUAGCAAAAUAUUCUGGGAAUUCAAUUUCAACGAAUUAAAUCAGUUUGAGGCUUGAUAUAUCUAUUAUUUCAUUUCUAACAUAUAAUUUUAAGUUUCCAAAAUGAAAAUGUUUAAAUAUUUUAUUUACUCUGCUUUAAAAUAAAGAUGUCAAUAUGUACACAUGUAUAUAUAAAUAAUGUAUUGUAUUCAUUUAUAACAGUUUUAAGAAAAAAAAAAAACAUUUUGU